UGUAAUGGUUAACAAUCACGUAAUUUUACAAGUCGGAUCCGCAUAAACGUUAGCGGUGGUUACGCGUGCGUUUUAUUUUCAAUGAGACGCUUGUAUCUAAUGUAAACUAUGGCGGCGGCAAAAUACCGUCUGUGGACCGUCCCGAAAUUGAAGGCAGAACUGAGUAUUAAGGGUGCAGUAAUCACAGGCAGAAAGGCAGAUCUGAUUGAUAGACUGGUUGCAUAUGACAGAAAUCACAACUUCAAACCACCCCUCAUAGAAAUUCCAGAGGCUACAGACAUAGAAUGGCCAAAACAUGGAUAUAAGCAGCUUAUAGCAGAUCACAGAUUGGUAUUUUCUAAAGUAACCAGAGAGCAAAUUGAUGGCUAUUUUUUAUUUAGAUUAGCAGGUGAUAAGCAGGUGAAUGGCGACAUAAAGGCAUUGGAGAAAGGCAGAGAUUUGCUACAAGCGAAAAAAAUCUUGGCUUGUUCUGUACUUAUCCUUGUUGAUGGUAUUUUCCUAAGUGGUAUUGUUGGGGCAGCCAUGAAAAAACAGGUAACUUACAACUAUCACAUCAAACUUGACAAAUCUGGCAGCCCAGUUAAUUCUAAGUGUGAAUGUCCAGCAGGAAAGGGUCCCAACGCCACCUGCAAGCAUGUAGCUGCAGUGCUGUUAAUGGCUGAUGUUUUUUCUAAUACUGGAGAAAUUUCAAUACAGAAGUCAUGUACAGAAGGUCUACAAACUUUUCAACAACCAAAGACAUAUUACAAUGGUGCUCCAGUGAAAAUUGAAAAAUUGGCUAAAAGAAAACCAACUGAAAUAUUAGAAGACCCAAGACCACAGAAAUACAGAAAUAUGGAAGGGUUUACAGACCAUGUCAGAAACACCAUGAUUAACUUCUGCUCUCAAUCUUCUCAAGACCUUACACUGAGAUAUAUUUUUCCUGCAGCUGAUAUACAGACUGCCCAGCUUGAUCAUGCCUACCUGUCAUUACCAUUUGCUGAAUAUUGGGUCGAUAGAGCUUUACUGGUUACAGAACAACAGGCAAAAUUGGCUGAAAAGGAGUCAAGAGGACAAUCCAGCAAUAAGAAAUGGUUUUAUUUAAGACAGUGGAGGAUUACAGCAUCUAGAUUUGGAGAAAUUUCAAAAAUUACCACAAGGAGAAAUAUACAAAAAUUAUGUGAAUCAUUGUGUUCCCAAAAGUUCUUAAAGGUGAAGUCUGUAUUGCAUGGUAAAAUGUAUGAGCAGAAGGCAAUAACACAGUUUGAAAAAAAGUUUCAAAUGAAAUGUCAACCAUGUGGACUGUUUAUAUCUGCUGACAAACCAUUUCUUGGAGCUUCCCCGGACGCUUUAAUUGGAGAUGAUUGUGUUGUGGAGGUGAAGUGUCCAUAUACAGGACGAGAUGAGAGCAUUGUUCCAGGUGUUAAUUUUUCUUUCUUGGAAUAUGACAAAGAUAACAAUAUAACAUUAAAAAAAUCAUCAAACUAUUAUGACCAAAUUCAGGGUCAACUAUUUUUAUCAAAUAGAGAACAUUGUUAUUUUAUUGUGUACACAUUCAAAGACCUCUUUGUUGAGAAAAUUGGAAUUAAUCAUGACUACUGUGUUGGUUGUCUGCUGCCAAAGUUGGAAUUGUUUUACUCCAAACACUUUAGGCCAUAUAUUGCCUCAAUACUAUAAAAAAAUUAAUAAAAUUAUUGAGACUUUA